CGUGAUGAAUUAAAAAAACAUAUAUUACGAGAGACAUGGAGAUUAAGGGGAUGUCGAGCCUGACAUAAAAAAAAAACUCCUGCUGAAUUAAAAAAAACAAAUAUUACGAGAGAGAGGGAGAUUAAGAGGAUGUCGAGCCAGACACAAAAAAAACUUACGAGAGACAUGGAGAUCAAGGGGAUCUCCAGCCAGACAUGCUUCUUCUUCAUUUCUCCGAUUAGGUUUGUAUUCAAUCAGAGAGGAGGUAGAGAUUCUAAUUCCUGGGUAUGGAGAGGUUUAUGUGGAUCUCAGGCAUGCUUCUUCUUUGUCUCUCCGAUUACGGUUGUAUUCGAUCAGGUCAAGAUUCGGCCUCCAGAAUCAAGGCUUGGCUGAGUAACAGUUGAAGAGACUUGAAAUUUAGGGUAUCACGGCUUAUCAGCCUCCACCAUAUCUUCCCCUGCCUCCACGCCUUUGAACCCUAUCUCCAGACCACAUCUGUGUGAUGUUGGGCUUUUGUUAUUUCUCAAAGCCCAAUUUAAUUCUGUGUCCCUCUUCUUCCUCUCCAAGUCUCUGUUGCCAACGGAUGUAGGAUAUGUUAAUCUUCGCUCACAACAAUUUCUUCAAAACUUCUGAUUUAAACCUCAGCUUCUUCAAUGGCCAUCUCACGUAUCCUUCUAAGUGAUUUGAAAGCCGGCCGGUGCUCUAACAAAGUGGAGAUGCGUUUGCUCCGAUCCUGGAAAGCCCGUAAUGUGAAGAAAGGGGGAGAACUAAUGUGGAUCGAUUUACUCUUUGUCGACGAGAAGUCUACGCUUAUCCACGGCACUAUUAACUCUCACCGUUUGAAGAAGUACGGAGACCAGUUCUCUGAAGGUUCACUCCAUUCGAUGAGUGGGUUCGACGUAACAAGGAGUCCCAACAACUUCAAGAUCUCAGACUUCCCUCUUGCUAUCCGUUUCAACGAUCACACUGCCUUUGAGCUGUUGACGGAUUCAGUUAACCCUAUACCUGAUGAAAUGUUUAGGUUCCGCACACAUCAGCAACUAUUAGCAUUGGCUAAUACGGGCACUCACCUGCCAGACCUUAUUGGAGAGUUAGCAUCAAUAAGAAGCACUUUUAAUGACAAUCUCCAAGGGAACCAGCGCGUAAUGGUAACACUCCAGAUGGAAGGGGAUCUCUCUAUCUGCCUAAGUUUAUUUGAUGGCUUGGGAUAUGAUUUUCAUAAAAAAUUCACCAAUUUUGGAGGCGAGCCAAGGGUUGUUGUAGCCACAUGCGUCAAUCCUAAAAUCGUUGGAGGCCGAUUAUUUGCAAAUGGCACGUCUGGGACUCGCAUCUAUUUUGACAAGGAAACAUCUGCAGGCCUGUCUUAUUAUGAGAAAUUGGCUACUGAUGGCUCAGGAUCAGAAAAGAACCCAACAAAGAUGCUUCACGCGCAGAAAGUUGAAACUCUCACCGUUUCAGAGCUGAAUGAAUAUGUCAUCACAGGAGAACCUCAGAUAAUAGACUUCCUAUGCACCGGCAAACUAACGGGAGUUCAAGCUGAGAAAGGGUGGUGUUACAUUGGCUGCGCUAGGUGCGCUAAAAAGCUCUUGCGUGGGGAAUCAUCGUUCACAUGCCCUGCGUGUGCUAAUCCAAAUGCUGUCGCUUCACUCAGGUACCGUGUCGAGUUGUCCAUCUCAGAUGGAACCGAGGAGGCUGUCUUCGUUGCUUUCGAUGAGGAGAUGAGCAAGAUCACCAAAUUCAGCGCUUCUGCGGUUGGGGAACUCAUGGGUGGAAGUUUUGAUGACCAGCAGGCUAGCGAUGUCCCAACUGUCAUCACUGAUUUAGUCGGGAAUACUUACACUUUUCAGUUGAAGUUGACCGACUUUAAUUUCAGUCCGAAGCAUCAGACAUUCACAAUAUCAAGAAUCUUUACUGAUCGUCGAGAGGCCCCCAUUCCUGUUUUUGAUGGUGAAGGAGGAGAUGAUGGGUCUAUCACCAACUCACAGGGAGACAUCUCACUUGGCUCCACCUCAGCUGAAGUAGUCAACAACAAUGAGAAGGAGACAUCGCCUCUUGGUGUGCCAGCAUUGGGUGAACUCCAACAGGUGGAUAAAUGCACAACCAAGGAUCGUAAGCUCGAGAUGAGUGAGCCUACUGCUAAGAAGGCCCGCUCCGAUUAGAUGAAUAUGAGAGUAUUUUAAAGUUAUCAUGCUGUCGUUUUUUUCAAAUAAUGGUUUUGUUUUUGGUUGUAAGGUACUUUAACGUUAUCUGGUUUCACUUAUAGUCGUAUCAUAUCAAUGUUUCCUGAUUUAAAAGUCUUAUAGUUUCGUAUUUAAUAAUGUCAAAUCAUCCCCUUGCGCAAGCAAUAUCUCAUGGAUUAACAAAAAUCACUGGAUAUAAUUGAAAUGUGCAUUAUGUUAGUCCAUAUGAAACUAUUUUGAGUUCCUUCA